AUCAUAUUACAUUUCUUCCGCCUCCACCCUCCAUCUCUCAAUUCUGUUGUCCUUUAAAUUUAUCUUCUUAAAUCUGAGCAGGUUUUAAAUUAUACAUGCAUGGAUAAUUUCAGGAAAACUAAAACCCCCGCGAGUUCACGGACAUCUGAGUCAACUUGUCACCAGUCUGCCGGCCAGUUUGAUCAGGGGAUAAAAAGUUGGAAUUUGCAGGAUUCACCUGUGGCAGAAUCUGUGUCUACAGAAUGGACAGAUGAGAAGCACAGUUUGUACCUUAAAUCCAUGGAAGCAUCAUUUGUUAACCAAUUAUAUAACUCCACAGAUUUUCUUCGUUGGCGCUUCGAUCAAAAUAACGUAUCAGAUAUUGCAUCAAGUAGGCAAAUACAACGCCCAUCUUCUGGCCAGGUUCUUCGACGUGGUGGCUGGCUGAGGAUCAAUUUUCAAAGACCUGAUUUGAAACUACAUAAAGCAUAUGAAUCUGCAGGCAAAUCCCAAACUGUUUUAUCCAUGGGUGCUGUAGCUCUUGCAGGACCUGAAAAUCGAGCAACCAAUUCUAGUGGGAACAAAGCUGUGUCCUGUUAUUUGUGCCAUCAUGAUAUGCUUGGCAGUUGCACAGAGGCGUCAGAUCAGAACUUCAUUGAUGAUGAAAUUGAAGGUGAAAAAGCAAGCCGAAUGCGCAGCUCAAAGAAGAUGAAAACAACAUAAUUACCCCUUCAAAGUCAUGAUCCGGUGACAUGACAAGAAAAUGGUACUGAGCAGUAUGCUUUUUCUGUAAUCAACAGCCAGUUAAUAAACUUGCACCAGUGGCUCCCACUUAAGAUUGCAAUGGUUUGUUCAUUUUCUGACCUAAUGGGUGAUUGCAGGCAAUACUGCAUUAUAAUUUUUUUUUAAAUUUCUAUGUAUUGUACCAAUUUUGUUAAUAUGCUUUAAGGGCAGUGCAUGUAUUGACUUAAGAACAGGGAAAGAGGUUCCCACUCUCA